CUCCUCACAUAUCGUGCAAAAGUACGUAGAAAAAUUCUGCGUCUGCGAUCUGUGCAGAUCGGACAGCAUUUAUGUACGCACAUAUGUAGCGAAAAAAUAAAUAAAUCCGAUUUAUUCGAUGUGCUAGUACACGAUGGACGGACGGUGCAUUUAAUUGCAAUUAGUAUUCCAGUAAUGAAAUUUGUUAGGUCGCAUGUUUCUGAAAUAAUAAGACGACUAUGACGAAAAAAACGCAGUAACUAUAUUGAAAUAUUUCUCGCUAUAAAGAAAAUUCCAAUUAAUUGCGGUAGUUGCGGUCGAGUUGUUAACAAAUUAUGUUCGGUUUGUGUCUAGAAUUCGGGAUUCGAUUAAAACACUGAUGUGCCGUCGCGAAUUCGGUCGUCCUUGAUUAAUUUGGUUAAAGUGCACAGAUUAAAUCAACCGUUACGCAGAGUGAGUGACCGCCAAAGCAUCUUUGUUUAGAUGAUGUCGUCUGAGUAUGCAGAAUCUCAUUUGAAGGAGAUUGUUAAUGUUAUUGAUCCGUGGCUAAGUAUGUGCCGAUUGUGAAGAUGAAAAAUAAUGAAACAUAAAUAAAAUUCAGUCCCAUUGCUCAAGAUACGACUAUGUGCAAUAUUGUUCCAGUGUAACAUAAACAAUAUUCGCAGCCCACCAGCGAGGACGCGCAAGAUCACUUCCAGAGAUCAAAACCAGCUGCCGCAUGAUGCUCACUGAGAGAAAUUAAGAAAACUCAACACGGAACUGUCCUCAUCCGGCGGAAGUCGUAAUUGAAAAAAGGCGGACCCGAUAACCCGAUCGAGCAGCAAAGCACUGGCACUGUCCUCUGACGUCUUUUUUUUCCUCUCAAUAUAACGUUGCCAUUGAAGAAGACUCGGAAGGCGUUCAGUAUGUCCAUAGAUAACCCAUAUUACUUCUACAAUGAAAAAUCACCACAAACUCCCGACUCGAACAGUAAAGGCUUUUCGUUUUUCAAAAGACGCAAUUCGAAGGGAAGCAGUGGUAAUUGUAGUAAAAUAACAACACCGACAAAGUGUAGAGGUAUUAAUUCAGCAACGUUGAUAUCUGAUGCGUCUGUAUUGGGAAGUCCCAGAGGAAGUCUGGGAUCGUUAGCAUCUAGUCCAUUGUGUUCACCGACCUUUGAAGUACAUACUAUUAAUUUUAACUCGGCCACAUUGAGGAGGAGUAACUUCGCACAGUAUCGUGAACGUUUGGGGUCGUAUAACGAAUCAGUAAGCUACCACGAUAAUGACGAUGUUUUCUGCCAGCCACCAAGACAUCAAAUGUCUCGAACGCUUCCCGACAAAUACAGUGGAACGAACGGUCUUCGUCGUCAUUCUGCUGGUAAUUUCAGUAGCCGUGACCACGGGUCCACAUGUGGUCUUAUUUCGGAUGAAGUACCGAAAAUGCCUGCUCCAAGACCUCCGGCCGUAGUUUCGACCAGACAUCGUAAAAGGGAUAACUGCCAAAAUACAAACAUGGAUGAUAUUUUAAUAAUCACCGCGAAACACAGCGAGCGCGCCAUCCUUUGGGCAAACUUCUUGAAAACACGAUUCGACAAAAUCACAAAGCAACGUGGUCGUAAGCCCUUCAAUUUUCUUCAUAUCAAAAUUGAUGAUGGAACCCUUACACCCAGCUUAAUACAAACAUGUCAGACGACACCUCUUCAAAUCGUUAUUAUAUGCCCCGCAUUAAUGGCAUUAUCACAAACUGUUCUCUCGAGUCAAUUGUCGGUCAUUUUGAAUAUUGAGAAAGUGCUAGCAAUCCUUAUCGAAGUGUCUAUGAACAAGGUCUUAGAGACACAUAAAGAAGCCUUCCCUUACUUUCGGAAAUGGCGUAAAUGCGAAGUAACAACGAACGAUCAAUCACUUAUUGGCAAUAUUUUGGGAAUCGCCACUGAUAUUUUGGGCCGAGCAUUAUGUCAAAGGCCACCGUGCCAGGAAAGUGCAGGACAGCCGCUUAAAGCAGCUGGUAAUGGAGAAGCAUUCACAGUUACUCCACGAAAAGUUAAAAUUGGUCAAAACAAAAUUCUGGCCUUACUCACUGACCCUCUAACCAAAGACGAUUGGAUUAAGAUAACGAUAGUUAAGGGUGGCGAGGUUAUUGACGUAAUGACUUUUAAGCGGAGGAAUCCAUACACUCUGCAGUUUACAGUACCAGAAACAUGUAUGGAAAUAUCGACAAUGGUGGAAAUACGUAUUGAGAAAAAUGGCCAAGACUUGGGCAGUCGUCCUGUAAAGUGUGAGAGUCGGCUUCGUGAGCUAGAGCAGCUUCUGCGCAGUCAAGACUCGCCUUUAGAAUUUAUGUGCCAUUCGCUGAGCAUGCCUUCUACAGAUCGCGAUGCUUUGGAUCAGCACUUGCUCCAAUGUUUCCAAAGGAACAUGCCUCCGAACUUCCAUUUGCUUGGUGGUCCAUAUGAAAAACAAAAUCAUAUCACCGCCUUGAAAGAUACCAAUGCUGAAGAGUAUCCGACAUUGCUUCAUUUUGCAGCCAAAUGGGGGCUAUCGAGGCUAGCUAUUCAGUUGCUAGAGUGCCCUGGGGGUGAUGCGGCUUGUGAAAUUCGAAACUAUUCGGGAAAAACUCCUUCUGAAAUGGCCGAGCAAGGAGGUUUCCCAAAAUUAGCUAACAGCCUGAAAGAUUUUGUGCAAAUGCAAGAGCUAACGACAAUUUAUCACCGUUGCAUCAACUAUACACCACAAAAUAAGGUAAUUAUCGAUGCUAAACCAGAACCACCGAAAUUAGUCGAAGGAAAAUUGUUGGCCAAUCAAAUGAAUGGCAAUGCAGAAUCGCAGGCGGAAUACAUGGAAAUGAAUAGCAGUAGCAGUGAAGGAGAGGCAGCGGCGAUGCCCGAAACAUUAGCAGUGGAGAAUCUAAACUACAUCAACAUUGACACCACGGACAGUUGCAAUUUGCAAACAUCCGAAGAAAACAUAAAGAAAGGAGACCAAGUAAAAAUUAUUGAAAGCACCGAAAUGGUAUCAAAUGAGCUUCGAAUCAACGAACCACCUUACUAUGAGUCGAAAGAUAGUAACAAUAAAUGCGACAAAUUCAGUACUGAAUGCUUGAACGUUUUGGAAAACUGCAGCUCGGGCCAAUCAUCUAGUCAAUCUUACUAUAUCCUCCAACCAUCUAAUAUUCCAGUCCCAGAGUCCGUGGCGCCAAUUCAACAACAAAGCAGUUACUAUUUGACUCAACCCUCGAACCGUCCAAUUGAAACCAAUAACUAUAUAAACGGUUCGGUACAAAAUCAUGACCUAAACCGAAGAUCAGAUGAAUCUGACUCGCACUUCAAACUUGUCUUUGAGAAGAAAAAACCUGAACCUUUGAAAAUAAACAAUGGAACUCUAAAACGAACUGGCAGUGAUGCAUCGAAGGGUAAUGCUGACGAUGAGUUGGCUGAGAUAAUGUACGACUUUAAAAACAACGUUUUAACGAUCCGUGAAGUUGAGCAACUUGUGGAAAAAUGGAAGAACCGUAACGAUGUUAAGCAAAGUUUCAAAGAAAAACAGGAACAAAUCGAAAGAAUGCGUGAGGAAUAUGACCGCAUACAAGAGCAGUUGAAGGAACGAUUGAAGCGACCUACCCCCUUUGAAAGAGUGAAGAAGCUAUUCUCUCGCAACAAACCAAGCAAACCUGUUCAAACUGAGGAAGUGGAUGAAAUGAAAACUUCCGUCACUUCAUUUCAAUCAUCAAGUCAAAGACCGACAAGUAGUCUGAGUAUGCAGAGUCUUUCUAGCCUAUCAUCAUCAGGACGAAUGAGCACGGGAAGCGCCUGCAGUGGAACAAGCUUAGGAGAUAGUGGAACGCAUUCCGAUCAUGAAGAUCGCAGACAAAUAUAUAAUUGCAGACUGGGCAAUCCUGGAAGUCUUUUAGAUAACUAUCUAGUCCCGCCUGCUCCGAGACCAGUUCUAACCCCCGCCUCUACACCAACUCCGGUCGAAGAAAAAGAUCGUCUAAUCUUUACAAGUAACAGUCGAACUACAACACCCACAAACCAAUCUGAGCAUUAUAUUUUAUUCCCAUCGAAUAUCCCCGUUUUUCCCUCACCGACUGAGAGUCACUGUAGUGACCAAUCGUCUCCGUUUAGUAGUCAACUGAAUACCAUUGUUGAAACCAAAGAAACACCAAACGAAAGCGUUGGUGCCACUGUCCAACCAAUCAAAGUACAAAAUAAUAAGGAUGCAAUUUAUAGUCAAAUUCAGCAGCGGAGCAAAAAUGAAUCGACAACAUGUUGCAGUUCUUUCAGGAGCCCACCAACCUCACCAAAAGUUUUAAAGAAUGGACUGCGUUUGCCAGGAAUUGGUGAAUAUCGAAAUCUGGAGAAUCAAAAACCAGAUACUAAUGAAUAUCAAAAUUUAAAUGGUUCGACGGUUGCCGAACUGCCAAAUCAAAAUAAAGUCGAAAACGGAAAUGCGCAUUUAGAGAACAACGAAAAUCACAACUACAUCAACGUCUAAACAACGACCUUAUCACGUAUAACUAUGCUAAAGUUAAAUUUUACCUAACAUCAAUAUACAUACAUAAAAUAUAAUCAUUUUUUAUCGUCUUUGAAUGAAUUCAUUACCCAAAAAUCAUUUAAUGGAUCUCGCAUGUACUACUGUUUUUUAAAAAGAAAUCGAAGAAACCCCAAAAAUAUAUAUUUUCAAGAAUUUAUUAGGCUAAGUUUUGCAAUAUUUUUAAAUAGUUCUUAUCAUAAGUUAGUACCCACGUAAAUAUUGCAAAAAAUACUGUUUGUAGUCGAAACCGAAAUUAUUUAUUAUUGAAAUUAUCUGUUCGAGAAGCAACAAAGAAAAUUAAUAAAAAAUAUAAAAAUUUAAAAUCCA